CGUAUGUAGAUAAAUAAUAAAAAUUAGUGUCAUUCCAUAAAAUAUUAUAAUGAUUAAAAAUUACUAUUGAAUAACAAUCACAUACGAUAGAUUUAAAUAAGUAUUUACAUAAAUAAUUUGUGGGAUCAGUUUUGCUAAAAGUUUUAACCGAGUUAACAAUUUAAGUUAUAAUGAAGGACGGUAAUCAAAUUAUUUCUGAGUCCCUCAAACACCAGGGUCUUACUUAUGUCUUUGGAAUAAUGGGACAUCCAGUAAUCGAAUUAGCGAUGUCACUGCAAGCUAAUGGAUUAAAAUAUUUAGGAUUUAGAAACGAGCAAGCAGCUUGUUAUGCCGCACAAGCCUACGGUUACUUAACAAGAAAGCCCGCAGUUGUUUUGUGUGUAUCUGGUCCAGGAUUAUUGCACGUAAUCGGUGGUAUGGCUAAUGCUCAAAUAAAUUGCUGGCCAUUGAUUGUAUUAGCAGGUUCAUGUUCAGAAGAUCACGAAGGAUUAGGAGGAUUCCAAGAGUAUCCACAAGUCGAAGCAUCUCGACUUUACUGUAAAUACGUAGCACGACCACCUUCAGCGGGAUUAAUUCCUCAGCAUAUUGAAAAAGCUGUACGUUUAUCAACUUACGGAAGACCUGGUGUCACAUUUAUUGAUUUACCAGCUACUUUACUCAAAGAACAAGUAGAAGAAAAUAAAAUAGUUAAUGUAAUUAGAUGUCCAGAACCACCGAUUACUUUUCCAGGACCGCUACUUGUUGAUGAGGCCGCUAAUUUAUUGAUGAAUGCGUCACGUCCUUUAGUUAUCAUCGGAAAAGGUGCUGCUUAUUGUCUUGCGGAAAAUGAAAUAAAUAAUUUGAUAAAGGCUACACAUUUACCGUUUUUGCCAACACCAAUGGGCAAAGGUGUUGUUGAUGACAAUGAUCAUCACUGUGUUUCCAGUGCUAGAACUACCGCAUUAUUACAUGCUGAUGUUAUUUUGUUACUUGGUGCUAGGUUAAAUUGGAUGUUACAUUUUGGACGUCCACCGCGGUUUCAUUCUCAAGUUAAAAUUAUUCAGGUAGACAUCUGCGCCGAAGAAUUACACAACUCGAUAGCAUCAAAAGUAGCAAUCCAAGCAGACAUAAAGCCAACAGUCCACUUGCUAACGGAGGCUUUAAAAAAAAAACAAUUUCAUGUGAAUAAAACAAGCGCCUGGUGGGUUAAAUUAAAAAAUGACAUGGAAAAAAACAAACAAACUCUAGAAUUAAUGGCCAGAGACACUUCAGUGCCACUAAAUUACUACGUUGUUUUCAAACACAUCCAAGAAAUUAUUCCCAUAGACAGCAUUAUUUGCUCAGAAGGUGCUAACACGAUGGAUAUAGGCCGUACAAUUUUAUUAAACAGCAAACCACGUCAUAGAUUAGACGCUGGUACCUUUGGUACAAUGGGAGUGGGUCUAGGAUUUGCAAUUGCUGCUGCACUUUAUUGUAAAGACACUCAAUCAGAUAAGAGAAUAAUAUGUGUUGAAGGUGAUAGUGCUUUUGGAUUUUCUGCUAUGGAGAUAGAAACUAUGUUUAGAUAUAAAUUGCCAAUUAUAAUUAUAAUUAUAAAUAAUAAUGGAAUUUAUGGAGGAGUUGAAAAAGAAGUUUUUGAGAAGAUUCAAAGUCUUGGUGAGCCUGCUGAUGUGACUCCGCCGUUUUGUUUAACCGCAGAAACUCAUUAUGAGAAUUUGAUGGGUCUAUUUGGGAGGAAGGGAUAUUUUUGUAGGAGUGUUGGUGAUAUUCGAUCAGCGUUAACAAAUGCAUUGAAGGAAAAGGAGUCACCAAGUUUGAUAAAUAUAAUAAUAAAUCCAUCAGCUGAUCGAAAAGCACAAAAAUUCAAUUGGUUGACAGAAUCAAAACUGUAAAUCACCGCUUUAUAUAAUUAUUUAUCUAUUUUCAUUAUAAAUAU